GAACGUCUACAACGUCCACCAAACGCUGGACAUCUGUGUGGUCACCUACAGAGCAGAACCUGCCUGCCACUGUAAGGGGAUGGAUGUGGAGAGGAUUAUUGAGUGCAUCAAACAACAUGACCAUGACGGUCUGAGGACACAGCUACAGCAAUUUAAUAAAGAGUACGCACAGUGCUUUUUCUUCGACGUAGAGGAGUGGGAGAGGACAAAGUUUAAGAAGAAUAAAGUGCGAGACCAUGAGUCUGAUUCUGAGUUGGAGGACGAAGGAUCCGGAGACCGAGAAAUCAUUUUGAGACAGAGUUUGGCCUCUGUUUUGGUCCAUUUCCUCCAGUCUGGACCCCAGGGCCGAGUGACUCGCGUUUGCCUACGUACGCUGAGGAUCCUCUCCAGGGACAAAAAGGUCUUGGAUCGUCUGCUGACGGACUCGGCUCUGAUCACGCUCGCCAGGCUAGCCGGCUUCAGCCAGGCCCCUGUGCCUGGAGAAGAUCUCAGUGACCAGGCUGACCCUUUCGAGGACGUCGUCAAAGCCCUUUCUGACCUGGAGUCAAACGGGCAGGAGGAAGACGAGGCCUGUCCUGAAAAUGAAGACGAGGGUGCUGAUGCUAACGCUGUUAGCACUGAGCGGCGCCGGCGAAGCAGCAUUUUCAGAGCCCUCACGAGAGGAAAGAGGGACACCAGAGCGAGUUUGGUGGAGGAUGAGGAUGAGGAAGAGGAGGAGAGGAAAGGAGCUGAUAAGUGGGAAGAAGAACAAAAUAAAGAGGCGGUGAAAAUCCUCUGUAACGUCAUUUACAACAGCGCCUGGGCGCAGGAGCGAGCGGCCGAGCUCAGCCUCCUCAGCGGCUUAACUGAAAAGCUGGCAACGGAGUCUCAGUCUGCGUCGCCACCCAGUGGUCAGUACUAUGAAUUGCGGCUCAUAUUUCUGCUCACUGCUCUGAGGCCCGAACUGAGGAACCAGCUGAAACAGGAAGGAGGGGUAGCAGUGCUGACCGCAGUGCUGGAGCGGUGUGUCUCUGUGCAGUGGAAGGAGCAGUAUGAAGUGUUGCUGGACCCUGCGGCGGCCCCCGUGUCCAUGGAGGAUUCUCUGCGAGCUCAGGAGGCCCUAAAGAUCCUUUUUAACAUCACGUACAGCGCACACACCCAGGAGCCUGGUGAGGAAGAUGCUACUCUCUAUCGCCGCCUGGCUGCAGUGCUGCGUCACUGUCUGAUGGUGCACUGUGAGGGAGAGGAGGACACUGAUGAGCUGAAGGGACAUACAGUCAAUCUGCUCUCGGCGCUGCCCUUGAACUGUCUGGACGUGCUGCUGUGUGUGCCACUGCGUCCAGACUCUGAGCAGAUAGACGGGGUCAACAUGGACUGUGUCCACGCGCUGCUCGAGUUCCUGGAGAAAAGACUGGAAAUGGGUCAGAAGGUGAAGGAGAGGCUGACCCCUGUGCUGAAUCUGCUCACUGAGUGCUCCAGGGCUCACAGAGGAACCCGCCGCUACCUCAGACAACAGAUUCUGCCUCCGCUGAGGGACGCAAGUGUGAGACCAGAGCAGGGCACCACGGUAAAGAGCCGCCUGGUCAGACUGAUGACCCACCUGGACACUGAGCUGAAACACUGUGCUGCUGACCUGCUCUUUGUGCUCUGCAAGGAAAAUGUCAGCCGCUUUGUGAAGUACACUGGCUACGGUAACGCUGCUGGCCUCUUGGCCACACGGGGCUUGCUGGGAGGUCAGAGGUCAAAGGGCAGCCCAUCUUCAGGGACGCAGUACUCCAGCGACUCGGAUUCGGACACUGAUGAGUACCGGCAGGUGAAGGGGCGGAUAAACCCGGUGACGGGGAGCGUGGAGGAGGAGCAGCCCGAUCCGAUGGAGGGAAUGACGGAGGAUGAGAAAGAGGAGGAGGCCUGCAGACUCGUCAGCCUGAUCAACAAACUGUCCAAGGACAACAUGAUUCAGCCAAUGGGACUGGAUGCUCAGGGUCAGCUGACUUCUCUGACCGGCCUCAGGGACCUCUCAGUGGAAGAAGAGGGAUCAGAGGAGGAGGACACUGACGAAUUGGAGAACGUGGAGUAAAGACGGGAUUGGAUAACAUUCCAAAAGAAGCUGAACACACGUAACUCCAUCUGCUGAACCUUCUCUGGAAGCAAGCAGUGCAACUUCAGGUUCUGUCGACAGAUCGUAGAUUGAGCUGUGCAAACGUGACAUCACUGUUGUGAAGUAGUUUAACUUGUCUUAGCUUGUUUGUACGUGCCCUGAGAUAGAAUUAAGCCUAACCCUAACUUUACUCUGUGCUCCUGAAGCACUGAAUAAACUGAACUAACAUACA